AUGUAUUAAUAUGUACUAUAGUACUAUGUUCCCUCGUGUGUCGACCGCUUAACAGAAUCCUGACUUUGACUUUAUACCGGGGAAAGAAAUAGUAUUAUUAUUAUAUUAUUGUGCGUCUUUCUCUUUUGAUCUUGCAUUGUACUAGUUCAUUGACUUAUCGUUCAUUGUUCCUCGAAACAAUAUGACCUGUGUGAAUUGUUGCUGCCCCUGGUUACAGAUAUUCAACCAUGUUCUCAAUGUACAGAAGAGUUACGCUGCUUUGGAUGUGGAGAGUGAUGCGUGCGCGUCCGAAGAAGACUUAAAUUACGACCAGCUCCUGGAAGACCUCGAUUCGGAGUAUAAGUAUAACAUGAAAGGGACUAAUAACGACCUGCUAUAUUUCCGGGGGGACCUGAAGGUGACCGUUAUUAGUGCUGGCAACCUCCCAAACGCAGACGGCUCAAACAUUAAAGCAAAGUUCGACAGGCUUUUAUCUCGCAACAAAAAUAAGAAAAAGGAUCUAUCAGAUCCGUACGUGAAUGUGUCAAUAGACGACCACAAGAUUCUACAAACCAGUGUGAUAAAGGACAACCUGAACCCAGUCUGGAAUGAGACUUUCCUGACGGAGGUGUCCCACGAGGGAAACAAGAUGUACUUUUGGGUGUGGGACGAUGAUAUAAUCGGCAAAGAGAAACUGGGCCACGCCUCUAUAGACCUCCAGGAUAUCAUUAGCAACAAGGUUUUAAGAAAGAAGCUGGAUCUGUUCACUCCGUUCAGGAACUGUAAACCUUGGUUAGAUGUGGAAAUAGAGUUCAGCCCAGUCUCAGAUGCAGUGGGCGAGUUUGAAGUUACCAAAUCUUACUUUCCACUCAGACAUACAGGACAAGUAACCUUGUACCAAGACGCCACUUGUCUGCCCUCCCCGGCUCAUCAGCAGAUAAAAGUACACGGCUCCCCACUCUUAGCCAGAUCAGCAUGGGACGACAUUUCGGACAGCAUCAGCAGCGCCAAACGUUUCAUCUAUAUUACCGGAUGGUCAAUGACUCAUACUAUACGACUAAAAAGAGAUCCACGCGACUGGGAGAAAACUAAAUGCAGCGCUCAGUUGGGGGAGAUCCUGAAACAGAAAGCUAGUGAGGGGGUCCAAGUUCUGGUGUUGCUCUGGGACGAGCCGUUUAACAACGAGGAAUUAGCCAUGUCUGGUGUUGUGGGAACUAAUGACGAAGUUACCAGAAUAUUCUUCUCCAACACCAAGGUGAAGUGCGUGCUAGCUGUCAGACAGAAAAACAAAAGAGGAAUGUUAGAGACUUUCGUUAGUAACACCUCCUUCUCUCAUCACCAGAAAACUGUGAUAUGUGACGAUGAUAGAGCAGCGUGUGGUAGGGUAGCGUAUCUGGGAGGGUUGGACCUCACUUUGGGGAGAUAUGAUGACCAGAAUCACAGCCUUUUUAGCACAACCAAUAAUCAACACCAAGAGGAUUUCUAUCAGACGUUUCCUGGAAUAACAACGCCAGAAGAAGGACCCCGACAGCCGUGGCAUGACGUGCACUGCCGAGUAACUGGGGAGGCAGCACUAGAUGUGCUCGCUAACUUCACUGAGAGGUGGAGUAUGGAGAAUCCUGGAGAUAUAAAAAAUGUUGAGUGUCGCGGAGAAGAGGACCAGGUGGACUCAAACUGGAGAGUACAGAUUUACCGCUCCAUUCCUGUCGAUGCUGCUCUAUUUGAUGAAAACAAGAAGCACAUGCUCCAAUCCAAGCACGGGCGAAGGUACGAGGCGAGUAUUCACAGAGCGUACGUGUCUGGAGUAAGAAAUGCUGAGAACUUUCUGUACAUAGAGAACCAGUACUUCCUGGGGAGCGCCCACACGUGGUACGAGAAAGGAAGUCCGAGAUGUAACCACCUGGUACCGGUUGAGAUAGCACUGCAAAUCUGCGAGAUGAUAGAAAAAGGGAGGCGCUUCACAGCGUACAUUCUAGUUCCCCUCUUCCCUGAGGGAGACCCGAGUGCCCCGCACAUUCAGGAGAUGCUAUUCUGGCAGACUAAAACUAUGACCAUGAUGUACAAGAAGAUAGCAAGGGCUAUCAACAAGGCUGACAUCGACACUCACCCCUGCGAUUACCUCAACUUCUUUUGUCUAGGUAAGAGAGAAAAGCCACCAGAAGCGUUGCAGAUGUUAAAAGCAGACACCCCAGCUAGCAAAAUGGCGAGACACGGCAGGGGAAUGAUAUACGUACACAGUAAGGCUAUGGUAGUAGAUGAUAUUUAUGCUAUUGUGGGAAGUGCUAAUAUAAAUCAGCGGAGUAUGGAUGGGAGACGAGACUCUGAGAUUGCGAUGGGAUGUUGGGAAACAAUUCCCGGCACUGAGAACCUUGUUACAGAUGGUCAUGUACAGGGCCUCCGCAAGGGUCUGUGGGCAGAACAUCUAGGAGCGUACGAGGAUGUGUUUGAACUUCCUCAGUCUCUGGAAUGCGUUAAGAGAGUACAGGAACUAGGAGCUGCUAACUGGCAGCGUUAUGUGCACAAUACAGCCUGGCAAACAUCGACUGAGCAGGAUGCAGGACACAUGAUGAGGUACCCAAUAAAGGUGAGUAAGUCAGGAGACAUCAGUGCCGCAACUCAAAGCAGCUUCUUCCCUGACACCACUGCUCCAAUCUUAGGUACCAAAUCCAGCUACCUCCCUAGCAGACUCACUGUCUGACACAAUUAUUGGAAAAUGUUGUUAUAUUUCGCGGAUAUAUUUGAAGUUGUAUUAUUGAUUAUUGAUUAUAUGAUUUUAACGCAAAGCUAUUUGUAAUAGAAUUUUGCUGUAUUAAAUGACCAAAACCCAAAAUUGAGUAAAGUGGGUAGAGUGAUUUACAGUGGCUCCCUUUUCCUAACUGAUAACAAAAACAAAUGAUAUUGAUCAUUGAUAUCAAUGUGAAUAACCGUUCUUAGACCAAUUUGGCAGCUGAUACAUAUAAUGAUAAUUUUGAUC